GAAAACCCACACAGGUCUUUUCAAAUCAGGACCGAAGAAUCGUUUGGGACUUUUGAUGGAGAAACCUUUUAUCUGCGAUGACUCUGUCCUCACGAACAAUGCAGACAGGCCAACGUGUUCUGUUUCACCUAGUCAACAGACGGCACAUGUUUCCCAAUGCCAUGAUGCUGAAAAUGGGGCAGAGGAGAGAUCAAGAACAAUGAUAAAGUUGGAUGCAGCAUUAUCAAUGGACGCCGAAUCUGAAGUGUUGGGAAGGAGAAGAAAGCCAACACUAAUUAGGUCCAAAACAUUUGACCCUUCACUACUGACACAUGUCCAAAGUGACACAGAGUCAAAGUCUGAAAGGAAGAAGCACCACUCUUAUCACUUUCCUCGGACGAAUUCCCAAUAUCACAAAAUUUUCAAAGAUAUCAGUGAGAAUGAGCAGUUGAAACAAAGUUACACAUGUGCCUUGCAGAAAGACAUUCUGUACCAAGGAAGGCUUUUUGUGUCUGAUAACUGGAUCUGUUUUUAUUCUAAAGUCUUCGGCAAAGACACUAAGAUCGCCAUCCCAGUUUCAUCUGUAACAAUUAUAAAGAAAACAAAAACUGCCAUCUUAGUGCCGAAUGCACUGGUUAUCGCCACAGCACAAGAGAGGUAUGUCUUUGUGUCAUUCCUGUCCCGAGACACCACGUACAAGGUUUUGAUGUCAGUUUGCUUACAUAUGGAUGACAAGUGUCUGGGAAGCCCAAUCCCCUCCCCAACAGACAGCAGCUACAGAGUGACUCCUUCUGCGCUUCCUAUGGAUUUCUCAGCAGAUCUGUCUGAUCUGGAUGGCCCAGUAGUUCAGAGGAGACAAGAAAUGGGGGACAGCAGUAGCUCAGACUCUCCAGAUUCACCAGAGUAUGAGAAAAUCCCAGAGUACCCAAAACGUUCUCAAGUUUUUCUGAACGUGGUGAAGCAAGACAACGCCUCAGACUCUCACCCACAGCAAGCAAAACAAGAACAGAAAGUGCAUGAUGUAAAAUCACUGAGACCGAAUUCACUUAAAGUUCUGCUGAUGGUCUACUUUUUUCUAGUCUGUGUUUUAGUCUUGUCUUCGUGUUACAUGGCUUUCAAGAUAAUAUCUCUGGAACACAAGCUAACGUCUCUGGGUUCCAUGACGGAAUUUUCUCACAAUGGUUUCAGAGAUGAGUAUCCCAGACUAUACCCUGAGGAUACUGCUGAGAUCUUCUCUGUUCUAUCAAUGAACCUGGUGAAGCUGGAAAAGAUUCAGAGAAACCUUCAGAAACUACUGGAGGAAACCUAAUGACGUUAAAAUGUAAACCAUUUGUCUGCAAUGGCAGAAUACAGACUCAAGCAAAGGGAGCUCAGAUGUCAACGACAGAACAAAGGACAAAGGACAAAAACAGGGUGUAUAAGUUGAAUCCUAAAGCUUGUUUUCACUGUGUUUAUACAUGUUUCAAUACUGUGAAAACUCUUCAAGAUAUCACUUGUCUUUUUUACAAAGCCAAGUAGCUGCUGGUGGCUGCAUUACGCAAACACAAGAGCUUGGUUAUCAAGAGCCUGAUGAAUUAUUGAUCUCAGUAAUGAAGUAAUCAUGAAAUAAAGAUUAGCUGGUCUGGUGUUUUCUUUUGGUGCUAAUGUCAUGAAUGUGUAUCAUUUGUUGUUGACAACUGCAUCAAUUGUGCUUAAGCCUAACAAAACAGAAUUCUUUUUUUCAUAUCAAGUUGGGAAUGUGUGUAGUUGAUGUCGAAUAAACUUGUAUUCAAGAGACUUCAAGGUCAUGAAAGUAUCGUAUCAGUGAAUAAUUCAUUUCUUAAAUUGUCUUCCCGUUUUGGAUGUUAUGUGCCUUGACUUAAAAUAAAUCUCAGUACAUGUGAUAUGUUA